AUGGCCACCGAACAGCAUCAAGAGAAUACAGAGAAAGUUGCAGACAAGGGAGGAGGAGGAAGAGGAACAGACGGAAUAAAAGAAGGCCAAUCUACAAGGCAGAAAGAAUCCACCCCCAUUUUUUCUCCUCCUUCAGCUUCUUCCUCUCCUUCUCAUGAAUUCUCCUUCACAAUCUCUCUCCAUCCCUCGUCAACAGUACUUGCAGAUAAAACCAAAUCCACACCUUCGUUCGCAAUCGACCUGUCUCCAGCCGACGACAUUUUCUUCCACGGACACCUCCUGCCUCUCCACCUUCUGUCUCACUUUCCCAUCUCUCCCCGCUCCUCCACCAAUUCCGCAGACGGUUACAAUCCUCCCAUCAGAGAUUUGUCAGAAGAUGGAAAAUCCAACAACAGCAUCAACAGCAAAAGCAGCAAUAAUGACAUCAAUGGCCAUAACACUGUCAAUAAGAGCAACAGCAAUGACAACAACAACAACAAGAGCCAUGGUGGUACUAGUGUGCCAAAAGUGAGAAGCAAGCCCAAGUCUUUCUCCUUGUUUGGACUCGCUAAAUGGCGAAAAGGGUGUGAGGUUGGAGAAAAGGAGGAUAAAGACGAGGAGAAGAAGAGGAAGCUGAGAUUUGAAGUGAGCCAUAUGUUAAAGAGGUACGUAAGAAUGGUUCGACCACUCUUGUUCUUCAGAGGAGGAGGGAGGGAUAACCGCCAAGUGUGUGGGCAGGCUUACUCGUUUUCAGGUAAUUUAACUUCGAGAGGGAAGCCGGAGUGGCGAGGAAGAAGAGAAUUCUCAGCACCGGCGUCAAUGUGGACGUCUCCAACCAACAGCGGCCAUCUUGUUGCUAAACCAACUUUUUAUUCUUCCACAAGCGAUAGCACCAUGGAAGAGCUGCAGAAUGCAAUCCAAGCUGCAAUUACCCACUGCAAGAAUUCCAUUGCGGUGAAGGAGGAGAAAAUCAAAUGUUGA